CAGGGCGCGCAGGCUCGGGGGCGCGCGGGAGCGGGAAGCCAGGAAGCACGGUGGCGCCCUGAGCCCGGCGGUGGCGCGGGCAGCCCGGCGGGGCGGGGCGAGGCCUCCGGAGGGGCGGGCUCCCGGCAUCGUGGUCGCGCUCGCCCGCUGCUCUGCCCGCCGCUGCCCGGACGCUUGGCCAUGUCCUGGCGCGGCGGGGUUUCUCCGGGGAGGUGGCUGGUGGCGAGCGGGAGCAGCUUGGCUUGGCGGCGCAGCGCGGCUGGAGCUGCGGGCUCGGGGAUGGGAAACAGCACAUCCUCAUCUGUGGGGAAGUCAGCAACUACUCCUGUGAACCAGAUCCAAGAAACAAUUUCUAACAAUUGUGUGGUGAUUUUCUCAAAAACAUCCUGUUCUUACUGUUCAAUGGCCAAAAAGAUUUUCCAUGACAUGAAUGUCAACUAUAAAGUUGUGGAAUUGGAUAUGUUGGAAUAUGGCAGCCAGUUUCAGGAUGCUCUUCAUAAGAUGACUGGAGAAAGAACUGUUCCCAGAGUAUUCGUCAACGGCGCGUUUAUUGGAGGUGCAACCGACACUCACAGGCUUCACAGAGAAGGGAAAUUGCUGCCGCUGGUUCAUCAAUGUGACCUACAGAAGAGCAAGAGGAAAGACGUGGAAUGAUGUGGCUAUUCACCGGGACCACGAAAAUGUUAGUUAACGCAGUCCCGCUUUUUAAUUGUUUGAGGAUGUUUUAAGUAUGUACAUUACCUUCCUCAAGACAAUUUCAAAUAAUGAACAAUAAAUUGCUGUGGACCCCCUCAUCUUCCCCCUGGCCAGUUUUUGAGCAUGAGAUGGUCUGUAAAACUGAAGGGGUGGGGUUACAUCAAAAGUAAAGAAUGGUUAUUAGGGAUUUAUUCAUGAAUUUUACAAUGAAGAGGAAGUAAGCACUUGAAAUUCUUAUUCCCUUUAUUAUGCAGGAAUUAACUUACAUUCACUAGCUGUCAGGACUGAGGACUGAUGUGUGAUUUCUCUAAAAUGUGAAUGUGGUGUAGAAGUGCAGUACGCUCGGAUACCAUAGCAGGUUAGCCUUUCAUGUUAUAUUGUAGAUCAUCAGAGACAUAUUAAAUAUGUAGAAUGGAAUAAAGUUUAUAGUUGGGAAACCAAACUGCUAAUGACUUCAUAGUUACAGGGAUGAAAAAAAAAUAAACAUGUCUAUUGACAGAAGGCAAAAAGGUUUCAAUAUAGUGAGGAUGAACUUUUCCAACAGUUCAGAAAUGUAUUUAGUCAAGCUGUCAGUUGGAAUGUUCUACCUUUCAGAAUGUGUAGCAGCUAUUGGAAAUUUUGUGGGGGGGGGCAGAGGUGGGGGAUGAGACAGGGUCAGUCUGUAGCCCAGGCUGGCCUCAAACUCACAUCAGUCCUCUCUGUUUCUCAAGCUUGGAUUAAAUGCUGAGCCACCAUGCCCAGCCUGGAAAUGUAUAAGGGAACCAGGGUAUAGAGUUUAGACUAAAGGUCCUUGCUAUGGUUCCAAUGUCCCUCAUCACAGACUUCAUGUGUUGGAAAUGCAUGAUUAUGUCAUGAUAUGGUAAGAGGUGAGGCCUUUAAAAAGUGGUUAAUCAUAAGGGCAGGUAGGUUAGAGCUAUAUUAAAGAUUUAGUUAUCACAGAAGAUGGUUUGUAAUAAAAGUUUGUCCCUCUUACCUCACACACACCCAUGCUCUUCUUGCCCUUCCUCUCUCUGCAGUAUCCUGACGUAGCAAGAAAACCCUCACUAGAGGCUGCUGCCAUAAUCUCAAGCUUCCCAGCCUAUGAACUCUAAGUGAAUCUCUUCUUCACAAAUGAGUCUCUGGUAUUGUUUCAGCCGUACAGAUGGAGGAGAGUACCCCUAAAGUCACUUGAAUGUUAUUUUACUAUUUUCUAACCUGGAAUACACACUGUUCAAACUGAACUCACUUCAGAUAAGCUUAGCAAAUAAGAAUUACUCUUUAAGAAGUAUUAAUUUUAAAAGGGUUGAAAAUAUUUUCAUUACUUUACUAACCUGGUCAUAUUUCCAGCCUCUGGCCAAGAAUAUGAAAUAAUGCAUUUUCUACUGGAUUCGCAGAGUCAUGUUGGACAGAUGAUCAAAUGCUGCCCCUUUCUCAGAGGUAGGAAGAAAUGGACUUCCAGAGCGAGGGUUUCGGCUUCUGGUCAAGAUUACUAAGGAAUCAAGGGGAGUUUUGAGGAAGACAAGAGGCUUGCUGUCAGUGGUCUUUCCUACACGGACCUCAAACAUUUGGAUACCUUGACACAGCAAGAAAUUAGACUGUUCUCUCCUGAUAGUUGUAAUGUUGGUAGGAAAAGAAAACGGCAUAUUUUUAUUCCUUUAUUUUGCAUUAUAUCAUGAGGAUUUUAUUUUAUUUUUUUGCUGUUGUAAAACUCAUGUUAGAGAGUAGAAAGUUUGUCAUGCAUGGGAAAGGUAAACUUGUCACUGUCGCUUUUAUUACUGUAUUUAGGUGUAAGGUCAGAGGCAGGUUACUUAGGCGCAUGGCUAUAUUGACCAGGUGAUUAUAUGGUACUUGGGUUUGAAGAACUUCCUUGUGGUAAUCUGACUCUGACCUAGGGCCUGAAUGCUAGGCUGGUACCUUCCCACUGAACUAUACAACUAAUCCUUACAAAGAAUGUUUCAUUAGUUCUUCCUAGACUUGUGGAAAACAGAGCAUGAGUGGUACUUGUUUUAAGAUAAGCCAUAUUAGCAGAAGGCUCAAAAACAUCCAAGGUAACAGGAUGUCUUAUCACUUAUAAUUUUAUUUUAAAAAGAAAUAAAACUCUUCCAGUGUUUACCUA